AUGUCCUACGUCUCCACUACCGCAGACAGCCACAUCAUCCCCGGCGAGCCUCAUCUCACCGCAAGCACAGACCCAGACAAGGUCCGCAAGGAACGUGCAAAGGACAGACUCCGCAAGGCAGAAGAGGAAGGAAAGGACUUCUGGGCCCUCACAAAGGAAAAAGUCCUCCAGCCCGCCGUCGCAGGUGGUCUGGUCGGUAUUCUCAACCUUGGCGUCAUCGGUGGCCUCGGUUACCUCUUCUACACCGAGCCUCAAUAUCGCAGCGACUACAGAACUAUUGGUGCUUCUGCCGCAGGUGUCCUCGUCCUCUUGACUGCAGAGGGUGCCUACGCAGACUCGGUCCUCAACACCCCAGACGGUGCUCGUCUCCGCCAAGAGGCAGAAGAGGAAGGGAGUCACCUCUAUCGUCAAACCAGGGAAAUCGUCCUUCGUCCAGGUGUCGCUUCUGGUCUAUUUGGCAUCGUCAACGUUGGCAUCCUGGGAAGUCUUGGUUAUCUCGCUUACAGCCACUGGAAUGAGCCCGUAUGGGAUCGCCGCUACGUUGGAGGUCUGACUGCCGGCACCGCCGCCCUCUUCACCCUCCAGGGAUAUCUUGCUGAACAAUACCGCGAAAAGGAAUACCCAAAGCGCAAGUACUGA